UGUUCCAUGUCCAAAGACAAACACACUUCGACACCUCCAUUUCUCUCCUUCUCAGAUUUCUGUAUCGGAAAAAUGGGUGCUUUGGACUCUCUUUCUGACUAUAUUUCUGAUUUAAUAACUGUUCACAGCAAGAAGAAGAAGCGUAAAGUCAUGCAGACUGUUGAGAUCAAGGUUAAGAUGGACUGUGAUGGCUGUGAAAGGAGAGUCAAGAACUCUGUUUCCUCCAUGAAAGGCGUGAAAUCGGUGGACGUGAACCGGAAGCAAAGCCGAGUGACCGUUACAGGAUACGUUGAGCCAAACAAGGUGCUAAAGAAAGUGAAAAGCACCGGGAAAAGAGCUGAGUUUUGGCCAUACGUCCCUUACAACUUAGUGGCAUACCCUUACGUUGCUCAAGCUUACGACAAGAAAGCGCCGUCGGGGUACGUCAAAAAGACGGAGCAAGCAUUGCCGAGUCCGAACGCCGUCGAUGAGAAGUUCGUCACUCUCUUUAGCGAUGAAAACCCCAACGCAUGUUCCAUCAUGUAACCAGUUUUGACGGCCAAGAGCUUAAAUUUGUUGUUUAGGACAGGUUGAGUUUUGGUGUUUGAUGUCUUUGUGAAGGAUUUUUUCUUUCUUUCAAAUUUUCGUUUUUAAUGUUGUAAUGCGUACGGAUUUCUUGUAAUGAACUAA